AUGGAGAAGCAUGACAUUCCGCUUAACACCCUCAAGGAGUGUCUCAUGUUCCUGGAGUGGUUGCAUGAUGAGGAAGGAAAAAAGAUGCAAACCCAGGUGGCUUUAGAUUUAUAUGGGCGUAUCAAGCAAUAUUUUAAAGAGGAUCAGAAUAAUUUUUCCCUAGUCAACGUUGAAAAGGGCUUGUCCGCUUUCCUCACCACCGUGUCGGCGUUCUACACGAGGUUAUGCAAAGACCCAGCGCCUGGCAAAAAUGUUAAUAAACAACCGAAAGAGAUUGUGGACGCUCUCCUGGAGUGUCUGCCCAAGUUCCUCGCUGCCAUAUAUUUUUUGGAGUACUGCGUGAAUCCGGCUUUCAAAACGCUGGGCGGCGGGUGGUGGGAACAGAACUGGCCUGCGUGGAAUGAUAGUUCUGGCGGCGAUCUCGCUAAAUAUCUCUACGCGACAACUACCGACCGAAAGUACAGCCAAAUCCCCGGGUUGAUACCCGGAGGCUUCGGUAAAGACGAUCAGGUGAUAUACUAUACACUUGGGAGUGGAUACUACCAGGGUGCCCAAAUGUCUGGGGACCUACAAAAGAUUGUGGACAAACAGUUCUACAAUUUUUUCCGCAGCGUGUUUGUGAGCUCCGUUAUUGGAGAAUCGGCCAAGCGUCCAGAGAACGCCGCGAAUUCUCUUGUGUUGGCGAGAACCUUUUGCGAUAUUGUUCUUGGGGAAGAAGACCAUGAGAAAGGUGGAAGCUUGAUAACAGCAUUAAAUGAAGGCUUACGCCAACAAGUGAGGUCAACAGAUAAAUCCAUCUGCUGGGCAGAUCUCAAAACCCACUGCGCUAAGCUUCGAGGACAAUUUAACAGAUUGUUCGCCAAAAAACGCUUUGACUUCACAGGACAGUCGACGGAUACCGGAAACUUAAAAAAGGCGGACUUUGCAAACAGAACAGCGGAUUGGUUGAGAACCUAUCUGAACACAGUGCGGGGAAAAUUGAAUCAAAUUAAAACAGAUAACAUUCUCAACGGCCAUCUUGGAAAAUAUUUUACCGAUAAUCUUUUCCCCUACGGAUUCACAUUUGAUGGAGAAAGCCGCUUCCAUAUGUCGCCAGAGGAAGUGCAGGAUUUGAUGACGGAUUGGCGUGAGGUGAUCGAUGUGCUCAGGAAAGGGAAUGACGGUUUGGAUAAGCUUAAACAAAUUUUGGAAGGUAAAGAAAGAAAAUCAUGUCCACCGGAUCCUCCUAAAAUGCCGGAGCCCCCGCCACCAGCGGUCCCCGAAGCCCCCAAGGAGGUUGUGCCGGAGAAGAAAGUUCCGGUUGUGCCACCCAAAAAGCCUGAGGUCCCGCCUGCCAAGAAUCAUGAAGGGAAUCAAAAUCAAGGCAAGAAAGCGGAGGGAGCACAGAACCAGGGGAAGAAAUCUGAGGGAGCACAGAACCAAGGCAAGAAGGCGGAGGGAGCACAGAACCAAGGCAAGAAAGCGGAGGGAGCACAGAACCAGGGGAAGAAAUCUGAGGGAGCACAGAACCAAGGCAAGAAGGCGGAGGGAGCACAGAACCAAGGCAAGAAAGCGGAGGGAGCACAGAACCAGGGCAAGAAAAGUGAGGAAAAUUCACCUUCACCAGAGGUCAAGUCUGUUAAACUUUCGCCUUCCGGUGAUACAGGAGCUCCAGGUCCGCACGGGCCUCAUGGUCCAGAUCCUCCGGCGUCCCCUAGGCCUAUAACUUCACCAGUUGGACAGCCUUCAGCUCCACCUCCAGCUCAGCCUGCCGGUGAUAUAGGAGAUGCAGGCCCGCCAGGGCCUCCUGGUUCAGUGACUCUGGCUUCUUCUUCGACUCAUGAUACAUCAAGGAGCCAAGUGGUACAAGUUCAACAAGCUGAUACAGUACAGCCAAUUAGUCCCCCUCCAAGCGCUCCCUCCAGUGCUCCUGCUGCAGCCACAGGCCCCACUGCUAAGCCAGGUCCCCCGGGUCAGGGUUCACAGGGCGAUGAUGCUCCAGGUUCAAAGCCUGUUUCCCCUAAAGUCACAGUUCCUGUUCAGAGUACGAGUGUUUCAGGUCCAAGCGCUGGGUCAACUGAUGAUCAGGGGGCUGGGCAACAUGGUAGUGGAGGGGCUGAUCAAGGCGGUGGUCAAACUGCAAGCAGCGGUGCUACUACGUCGGCUGGUAAAGGUGGGAGUGGAGGGGGGCAAAAUCAGACUCCGUCUAAUAAUGUUAAUAAGUGUAGUGAUGGUUAUACAUUUAUAGAAAAAGCUUUGAAUGAACAUGGUUACUGUCUUCCCGUUAAUAAGGUGACACGUCGUCCUACCUUUAAGCUCAAUAAUCCCGACCUCCAAAAUAAAAUUGACAAUAUAGUUCCGCAUAACGAUUUACUUGAGAAAAGUAAAAAUCAUCAAACUACACGAAACAGAAAUAUUCCUGGUCCUCAACCUCCCGUUCCUCCCCCUCAGCCGACCGGUGGCCGUACUGGUCAUCACAGUCCGCCCGUUGAUCCACGGGGGAGGGAUGCAGGUCAGCGGGGUGGAGUUGUUCCGACUUACAUAUUUCCAGGUGGCGCAGUGGUAGAAGAAAAGCCGCCGGAACCCAAACCGUUGACUCAAUAUGAUAUCAACGCAUUAACGGGUGUCACGGGUAAGGUUGCCCCGGGAUUAAUUAUGCAGUCCAUUCAUGAUGGUCAAAAAAUUAAUGAGGCCCGCAACGCAGUUGACAGGCGUCGUGCACGCAUAGCAGAUGAGGAGAGAAAUUUUCGAAGUAGAAUUCAGCAACAGAACAACGAUGCCCAUACGGCAGAGAGAGGUCGAAUUCCAUCGCACGUUGUGGAUUUAGAUUUCAUAAGAGUCCCAAGACGACAUCGAGACGGUUUUAAUCCUGACGUUCCUUUCCUUAACGAGCUAGAUGCGCAUUACAACAUGCCGCUACUCAUAGACAGAGGGCCAACCGACACAGUCAUACAACGUGAAAAUAUGCGUCCGCUUCCGGAGGGAGUUAAACCGGGCGAUGACUUGGAAAAUAAGCUGGCGUUAGAAGCUGAAAGCAAAAGUGCCGUUUACGGGGACGUUCACAUAUCCGUUCAGAAGCCGUCGUAUAAUGAGUCACAUGAUGAUUCCGACCAAUUUGAUCUCCACAUCGACGUCCCCAAGCCCACUGUGCAAGACCCCGUCUACGACUGGGAUUUCGAUGUUGACUCGACGCAUAUAAAAAAUGCGAUACCAAAUGACCCAAUCGUUCCAUCUACCACCGCUGCCGAUCUGAAUUUUGAGUUUAUAGAAUAUCUACCGCGUUUGCCACCCACAGACUUCGACAGAAGUAAAAUCAAGCAACCAAAAGUAGAAAUGUGUAUGCCAGAUUGGUCUACCCAGAAACCUACGCAUGACUCUGCCGAUAUCCCCGACACCGAACUGUUCCCCGCCGAGGCGCCGCGCACGGUCAGGGAUAUGCUUGUUUGGAUGGCAGGACUGCAUAACCCAAAACACCAAGAGACUCUGAAACUGUGUAUUACUAACGCUUUCAAGCGCGGCGAUGAUGACCCUUCAGAUCUCCGACUCUCAGUCAACAAUUCUGAAAUUACCCCUCAACAAGUUUUUCAGAUCUUAAAACUUGCCGCCGUGUUCGCGUCUUCAGUGCUCAAUUCCAUCGCGCCUAAGUGGAGGAUGGCAGUGUCGUCUGUAACUUCAACGCCUAAGGACUCGGACCAAUCCAAGGACCCUGAUUGCUGCGCCCUCCUCUGCCAGCUGCGGGACUACUCCUACGCCUGCUGCCACCAGUUGACUUUCUUAAAGUUACAGUGUUCUCGGGAGCAGUCACAGGGUGGUUGGCAGCAUUGUGAUUAUGGCCAUGGUGUAUCAUCUCCCAACUCCCCCCUCCAGGCCUUUUUGACCGACGCGUCUCCCUUCAAGACUCACCCCUUCGACUCGUGCAACAUCUGCCGCAAGAGCCGUGUCAACAUGGGAUUCAAGCACAGUGAUUUGCCUGUAUCUCAGCAAACUGGCAACAUACUCAACGACAUCCUCUCUCCCAUCUGUGGCGGUAAUGACCCCCUGCUGACAUUGUCCUCUUACCUCAACUGCCUCACCAGGCGGACGCCGCGCACUACCGGGGAGCUUGCCUCGUUCUUCCACAAUUUUGGGAAUGAGCUGCACAAGUCUACUUCACAGUUGUCUCCACUGGGUUCCGCCCUCUCCAGUCAGCAUGACGACUGCCCCGACUGGGACUGUCUUGGGGAGGAAGAUCUACAAGCCGUCCGGGGCAUCCGGGGCUCCGCCCCUCCCAACUCCAUCCACGACCACAACGACAACCAAGACCAUCCCAAGACCCUGUCGUCUCUUCUUGGCUGCGACAUCGAUAAUGCCAACUGCCCACAACAUCUCUCGCCCAUCACCUACCGGGCCUACGCCCUGUACUCCACGGCCUUCGCCCACCACUACCUCAGCUGGGCGGUGUACCUGGCAGACAGACUGUGGGAGUCCCUGCUCAAGAUGCACUAUGAUCUCGAGAAGCUUCAAUGUCACGACUCCAAGUCCAAGCCUCUCCACCAGUGUGACAAGGCCCUGCCCCUCCUCUACCGUCAUGGCAUCUCCCCGCCAGACGGGGUAACGCAGUCGUCACUCACGUGCUCGGACGUCGUCACCAAGUUGGAAGAAGUGGUCGCCGGACAGCCUAUCGCAAGCCUCAUGACCUGUAUGGACACAUUCCUCUACAAUAUCAGGAUGCCCUUCCUCUACACUGUGUUCACACUCUGGCUCAUCGCCACGCUCUACAUCCUCCACUCGCUCCUCUACCGCAUGGACGUGCUGCGCAUACGCUCCCACCUCCUCACCACCAGGACCUCCCACCUCAUCGACGUCAAGGCGCUGCUCGCCGGCAGCCGCAGGAUGCUCUCACUCUACAAGGACGUCGACUACUUCGACGACGACUUUCGCUCAUGA